AUGGAGGAGACAAGUUCAAUAGAUUGGAACGAGUCAAACCCUGAAUCAGUCAAGAUUAAGAGAGGUCCAGGUCUACGGAGUGCCAGAAAAAUCAAGAAUGCCAUCAGAUUUAAACAGCAAGACACCCCAACACAGCCGUUACAGUACACAAACAAACAGAUAUUCACGCCAGUGAUGCCUUUCAACUACCAGCAGAUUAAGCCAGAUGAAGAAAUGAAUUUUCUUCUUAACACGGCGCUACAGAACGCUCUAACAGAUUCAUUAACAGAACUCAACCAGAAGUACAGAGAGGAAUCUGAUGCUAAUCAGAACAGGAAAAGGCUUCAUAAGUGUGACGUAGCAGGCUGCCAUAAGGUUUACACGAAAAGUUCCCAUCUGAAAGCGCAUAAACGGACCCAUACAGGUGAGAAGCCAUACAGCUGUGGUUGGGCCGGAUGCAAUUGGCGCUUUGCUAGAUCCGACGAACUAACACGACACACUCGCAAACAUACGGGACACAGACCAUUCUCGUGCCCGUUGUGCCGACGGGCCUUCGCUAGAUCCGAUCAUCUAGGACUCCAUAUGCGGCGGCACUGA